AUGGGCAACUUACCCAAGGAUCGAGUAACUGGUUCUCGUCCAUUUGAAGUAGUUGGAGUUGAUUUCGCUGGCCCUAUACCCACAUACCUUAGGAUCCGUGGAAAGGCACCAUACAAAUCCUAUAUAGCAGUAUUUGUCUGCUUCUCUACAAAGGCUGUGCACUUGGAAGCUGUAUCAGACUUGUCCAGCGAUGCUUUCAUAGCAUCUCUCAAGCGUUUCGUUGGACGCAGAGGCAUUCCGUCCAAAAUAUAUUGUGAUAAUGCCACAAACUUUGUUGGCGCUGAAAAGAAGCUUAAUGAAUUCAAUCAUCAUUUCCACCAAAAAUCCAAUAUAACAGCCAUUGCUGAUUUUGCCUCAACAAAAUUCAUUGAAUUUUCAUUUAUUCCUCCCAGAGCUCCUCAUUUUGGCGGAUUAUGGGAAGCGGCCGUUAAAUCAACAAAAGGUCACUUGCUCCGGACGCUACCUAAUGCUCGACUGACCUUCGAAGAGUUAUCCACAGCUCUGGUGGAAAUUGAGGCAAUUUUAAAUUCGCGUCCGAUUGGCUCUUUAUCAACAGAUCCCAAUGACCUUGAAGCCCUUACUCCUGGGCAUUUAUUAAUAGGCUGUCCCUUGCAAAGUAUUCCAGAGAAGACAAAUUUUGACUCGGAGAUAUCUCAUUUGCAACACUGGCAGAAAAUUUCGGGAAUAAAGUCUCAUUUUUGGCGCAGGUGGCACAACGAAUAUCUUGCUCAACUUCAAAAUCGCUAUCGUUGGCAAAAACCAAAACAAAAUCUAAAGGUCAAUGAUUUGGUCAUUGUUCAUGAAGACAAUGUUCCUCCGAUGAAAUGGGUUCUUGGUCGUGUCACACACAUUGUCCCUGGGGCAGAUGGAGUUGCUCGGGUAGCUGACGUGAAAACACCAACUUCAACAUUUCGACGCCCAAUCGCAAAAUUAGCAGUCUUACCCCAAGAUGAAAAUUUGAUUGAAACCGGAGGUUUCAAUGGGGCCCGGCAUGUUAAAUCCCUUUAA